AUGAAAACUGAACAGGCCAUUAAGCCAUCACACAUGGGUUCUCAAAACAGGCCACCACAAAAUAAAUUUCAGGCCAAUUAUAGACAAAAUGUAAUGGGGAAAUCAACCGGAGCCAGAAAGCGAACUACUCUUCUGGAAAUGUUGCUGGCACGGGACAUACGCCAUGAAAGAAAUGUGAUUUUACAGUGUGUGAAGUACAUUUACCACAACAACUUUUUUGACUGCUCACGGGAUGGCACUAAUAAUGUGAUAAAUGAACAUUCUUCAGGAAACACCAAAGAUUUAAGCAAUACAGAGACUAAAUCUGACCUGCGAAAUGGACAAGAUGUCGAUGUUGCUAAAGAGAAGCCUAGUCCAGGCCCGUUUGUGAGGCAUUUAGAACCCUUGGAUGAUGAAAUUUGGGAGACAAAUAUUAACUGUAUCGAGACAUUUGCUGUUUAA